AUGCUGAGUAUACAGAUACAAGUGAUCCUGUCAAUUGGCGUGUAUUGGGCCGGUGCCACACUGCCCCCUAUCGACGUGAGCAGUUUUCCGCCUGGACUGGACAUCGGUUUGUUAGAAAGCUGUCAGCUCGACUUGUGUUUUGCCAUCGACGCAUCAGAAAGCCUCACUCAACAAGGUUUUGACAACGAGCGUUUCUUUGCUCAGCAGGUAGUCCGACGUAUUGCCAGUUUUGGAAAAGACGUUAGCGCGCGUUACGCUGCCGUGGUGUUCUCGACCAACGUCACUUUGGUAUUCGACUUCACGGUGGAGCAGACGACCGCCUCCAUUGUGGCUAGUCUCGAGGAGUUGCCGUAUUUCCAAGGUAGAACCAAUAUCCCUGAUGCCAUGAAUGCCUGUGGUAUUAUUCUGUCCGCGGAGUCGUUUGGUGGAAGACCCACGGGAUCCGUGCUCAAGACAGCCUUAAUACUUACUGAUGGUGUCGCAAAUGAAGGGAGUUCAACUAUACAAGCUGCAGCGAAGAACAUGCGCAGUCUCGGUGUGCGCAGCAUAGCGAUUGGCGCUGGCCCCGGAGUCAACAGGUCACAGUUGUACGAGAUUGCGCAGAACGACUUCCGGUUCGUGUUUCAGGUUGAGGACACGGAGAGCCUCGGGGACAUUGUUGAUAGCAUUGGUCUGGCGGCUUGUAAUGUUGUGCCAUCGACAACAUCGGCCCCCACCCCUCCCCCAACCACUGCAGCGCCAUCUACAACAACGCCAACAACAACAACAACAGCGCCACCUACAAAACCACCGUCUACCACGACAUUACCACCGACAGAACCUCUGACGACAACGUCACCUACUGAGCCGCCUACAAAAACUGAGCCAGCAAUCCCAUCAACAUCGGUACCUUGUUUGUGGUCGGGGUGGUCUUCCUGUGAUGCGCCGUGUGGCGGAGGAAUACAAAGACGGACAAAAGACUGCUGCAGCUGUUCUCCAAGAAUAGAAAUCAGAUCGUGUAACCAUGAGUUGACGGUGGAUGGAGCGCGUGGUCCGGUUAUGGCGCAUGUUCCCUCAGUUGUGGCGACUACGGACAGAGAAUACGUUCGCGCACGUGCAGCAAUCCCGCACCAACCGGAAAUGGUGCCCCAUGUGUUGGACCCGCAGCGGAACUAUCCAGCUGUGACGUACCGCUUUGCCCAGUGCAUGGUCAGUGGUGUGAUUGGUGUGGCUGGUCAGCUUGCAGCGUGA